CAAUUUUCUCUCCUUGUCAUCCAUCAGCUCUACUCUCACUCACUCCUCCACAUUCACUACCUACCAUAUAUCUUUUAUAUCACCACAUCUCAUCACCAAACUUCACUCCUUCACCUCCCACCUAACUAACUCACAUAUAAUGGCCACAGCCACAUCCUCGCUCAUCUUCUCGCCCCAAGCCAACCACAACUUCUCCCGCAUCCUCGGCGACCUCAAGCGCUCCAACCUCUCCAUCACCAACCGCCUGCGCUCCAUCCAGGAAGACGCAGCCUUCGUGUCCGAGGUCGCCGCCGCCUUUUCCCGGCCGCUGAUCGCAAACGAGCGGUGCGGGAGCUGGUACAUCGCCCCUGAGAAAAAGGCCGGGUCCGCCUAUUUCAAAAGUACCGAUGGUCACACGGGGCAGUGGCAAUUCAGCACGCGGCGGCUAAACUUGCAGUUACUGGCAGUGAUUGGCCAGCAUGACGGGUGCAUUAUUGUUGACUCGACGAGGAGGGGGAAGCGGAUGCCGGAUGCGCUCAGCAAGACGGUGCCGAUCUGGUGCUGCGUCCUGAACCACGUGCUCUUCCCCGACUCCCCGUCAUUCCACGAGCUCUACACGCCUCCCAACACCAUCUCGAAGUCGGAGCACGCGCAAAUGGAGGCCCGCAUCCCCGAGCACGCGGCCGCGUUCCAGGCGCUCAGUGUCGAUGUCUCGUCCUUGCGCCAACAGCUGAAGAAGCCUCUGCGACCCGUGUGGAUCACCCAGGAGUCGCAGCUCGCCCCUACAGACGAGGUGUUCGAAGACUUCCACCCCGUCGUCUGCUGCACGAGCUCUAGGCGAGUCCUCGGCGGGGAGAUGAGCGAGGGCGGCUACAUCCAGGGCGCCGGCGACGACACCGAGAACUGGGCUCUCGGGCUGACGCCGCCGGUCUUCUGGCGGAACGCGGAAGCACUUUUAUCCACGCCUGAGCCGGAUCUGCCCGACCUGGUGCGCGCCUUAGUCGCGGAUCAGGGGGCGGCUAUAGAUACCGCGGCUCCUAGGCAGAUCUCGCCGUAUAUGUGUGUUAGCUGCUUACCAUUUACUCACCUUGAGUCGCCCCCAUCCACAUGCACGAUCGCCAUCCACUCCAAAGUCAUAGACCCCAACGCCUGGGUAAAAAGCCCAUCGCUCAUGGAAGUAGGCGUCGGCAAGCACAAGCUCGCGAGCCGCAACCUGCGCCUCGCGCUCCCCCAAAUCAGCGACUUCGUGCGGCGGUUUCUCCUCGAACGCACCCCGGAACCCCAGCAUGCAGAAGAACAAGACUCCGACGCAAAUACCCCUUCACCUUUGUCAGCAGAACCAAAACGCAUCCUAAUCGCCUGCGAAACCGGCAAAGACCUCUCCAUCGGCGUCGCGCUCGCGCUGCAAUGCCAGUUCUUCGACGGCGAGGGUAACUACUACAACGACGCUCGAGCCGCCGCGUCGGUAGGCCAUACGAAGAGCGAGAUCAGAGUCAGGCUCAGCCGGAUCAUGACGAGUUUCCCCGAGGCGAAUCCGAGCAGGGCGACGCUGCAGAGCGUCAACAGCUUUCUCAUGGGCUAGAGGCCUUGCUGUUGCUGCGAGUCGCUGAGCGUGCCGGGUAGGUAGGUAUGUAGGUGUCAUCAUAGGCUCCUGGGAGGUUUGGCGGCUCCAUACCUACCUGCCUUCGGGCUUUUAUUGAGCGCUCUGGGCGGCUUGAAUCUAUCUACCUGCCUGCCUGCCUGCCUAUAAUAAAGGAUCUACGGAUGAG